GUUUGGGUAAAUCCUUAAUAGUAGUGAUGCUUUUUCUGUUCUUGGUGAUACACACACAUCGCUCAUCUCCCUCGUCUCAUUCGCUUCUCGCUGAAUCCAAAUUCUCCAUCGUUCGAUCAGACACCUAGAAAUGGAUGGGCAUGAUUCUGAGGAUACUAAGCAGAGCACUGCUGAUAUGACAGCUUUUGUCCAAAAUCUUCUGCAGCAAAUGCAAACUAGGUUCCAGACAAUGUCGGACUCCAUCAUCACAAAGAUCGAUGACAUGGGAGGCAGAAUCAAUGAGCUGGAGCAAAGCAUCAAUGAUCUAAGAGCUGAGAUGGGAGUAGAAGGCACUCCUCCUGCCUCCAAAUCAAGCGAUGAACCCAAAACACCGGCUAGUUCCACUUAAAAACUUAAGUUCAUCAUCUGUUUUUUCUUAUGGCUGCUGCAUCUGCAGAAAAAUCUAUGAAAAUUGUUAAGAGCAGUAUUACUUAUUAUUUUCCAGUUUUAAGACAAGAAUAUGUUGUUCUGUUCAUCAAAUAGAUUGAUGAUGUGGUACAUUAUAAUUAUUCUGCAUCUAUGAAUUCCUUUCUAUGUUGGUUUUGAGAGAACUGA